AUGUUCAAUCUGUAUUUCUUCUCUUUUUCCUUUCCCUCCUCCUCCUCCCUUUUUUCCUUCCCCUCCUCAUUUUUCUCCUUCUCCCCCUCCUCAUGUUUCUACUCCUCAUCAUCAAUCUCUUCUUCUUCUUCUUCUUCUUCUUCUUCUUCUUCUUCUUCUUCUUCUCUCAUGCUCUUCCCUCUCCCCCCGUCUCUCUCUCCCACUGUCUCUAUUUCCCCCCUGUCUCUCUCUCUCUCCUGUCUCUCUCCCCCUGUCUCGCUCUCCCACUGUCUCUCUCUCCCCCUAUCUCUCUUUCCCACUGUCUCUCUCUCCACCUGUCUCACUCUCCGCCGUCUCUCUCUCUCCCCCAUGUCUCACUCUCCCACUGUCUCACUCUCCCACUGUCUCACUCUCCCACUGUCUCUCUCUCCCCCUAUCUCUCUUUCCCCUGUCUCUCUCUCCCCCGUCUCUUUUCCCCCUGUCUCCCUCCCACUGUCUCUCUCCUCCCUGUCUCUCUCUCCCACUGUCUCUCUCUCCCACUGUCUCAUUUUCUUUGAUAUUCUUGAAAAAUUUUUCAUCCUGGCUUUCUUACUUCUUCCCUUCCCCAAUUCAUCUGUUAUCAUUCCCUUCUCCCUCUCUCUCUCUCUCUCUCUCUCUCUCUCACCUAUUCUCUUCCACGUUCUAACUUACACUUCCUCUCUCCCACUUCCUCUCUUACACUUUCUAUCUCCCACUUUCCCUCUCCCACUUGCUCUCUUCCAUUUUCUCUCUCCCACUUCCUCUCUCCAACCUCUUCUAUUCCACUUAAACUCUCCCACUGGCUAUCCCCACUUCUCUCUUUCAGUUUCUAUCUCCCACUUCCUCUUUCGCACUUCCUCUCUUACACUUCCUCUUACACUUUCUAUCUCCCACUUCCCCUCCCACUUGCUCUCUUCCACUUCGCUCUCCCUCUCUCCCACUUCUAUUCCACUUAAAAUCUCCCACUUCCUCUUUCUUACUUCUCUCUCACUUCCUCUCUCCCACCCGCUCACAUCAUAUUUCUUUCACUUACUCCUCUCCCCGUCUUUCCUCUCUCUCACUCUUCUCCUCUUCAACCGUCUCUCUAGUUCCUUUAACUCUCUUUCUACAUUCUCCCAUUCUGUCCAUUCUCCCCUCUUCCAUUUUUCUAAUUAA